AUGAUUAUUUUUAUUAUCACAAUAAAGGCACAUUAGUUUAGUUCUGCUAAAAAAAUUAUUAGUAAAUUAAAAGAAGUUGGAUUAUUGUAAAAAACCCCCUUAUUUGAGUUUUUUAAUAAAACGUUAGGAAGAGUUAUUCAAAUAAGAUUGUAUCAUUAGCAAGACUGGUUUCGAAUACAAUUUUUAGAGGUUUCAAAUAAAUGCAAUCAUUGUGCUUUAACUUAUUACAAUUCAUUUUGGUUCAAUUUAGAUGUUUUGGGAUUGAUUAAUUUAUCAGUUGGAAUUUUAAUAUUUUAAAAAUUAAAUUAUGACAAUAUUGCUAGGAUUAUUAAUAUUAUCUGCAUAUAAUGGCUUACUACAUUUGGGAUUAAGACAGAGAAUAACUGA